AUGGAAUCGUGUUCGGUGGAAUUUAUAAAAGAAAAUGCCCAUAAUUUUGAAAGUCGAGUGCUUAUAAAAAAGAAUGGACCACCUCGACCGGAAAUAAACAUUGUUCAAGAAUGUGCCUUAAGAAACAGAAAGUUUAAACGUAGUUUUAAGGUUGAACAAUACAAAAAAACUUCGUGGUUGUGCGGUUGUGACAGAGUGCAUGCUUUGUUUUGUUUUCCUUGUUUAGUUUUUGCACACAAUGAAAAGACUACAUCAGAAUGGACUAAAACGGGCGUUAGGGAUUUAUCUCAUUUAUCAGCAAAAAUUAAAAAACAUAGUUCUUCUCAAAUUCAUUUAACAAAUGAAUUGCAGUUCUCGGAUAUUGGAAAUGUUGAUGUUCGUCAGUUAUUAGAUUCUGGCUAUCGAAAAAAAAUAAAAGACUUUAAUGACAAAGUAAAACAAAAUCGUUACAUUUUGUCCCGUCUUAUUGACUGUGUAAAAUUUUCUGGCGUAUUCGAGCUAGCAUUGCGAGAACAUAAUGAGUCAUCGGAGAGUUCAAAUCCGGGCAUAUACAGGGAGCUUAUUGAUUUUGUAUCAGAAAUCGAUGUGGCUAUGAAACAACAUUUGCAAAGAAAUAAUGUGUUUAAAGAUACGUUAGAAUCGGUUCAAAAUGACAUAUUAGAUGCUAUUUUAACAGUUUGUCAAGAAGAGAUUAAGAAACAGGUUUCAGAAGCACGAUUUGUAGCGAUUCAGUGUGAUGAAACUACUGACAUUUCUAUCCACCGGCAACUUUUAAUUAUUUUAAGAUAUGAACGAAAUGGUCAGAUUCACGAACGUUUUUGGAAAUUUUUCAAACUUGCGUCGCAUAGUGCCAAUGACAUAGCCACAGAAAUUAAAAAAGAGUUGGAAUUGCUUAAUAUUUCCGUAAAUCAAUUAGUAGGUCAAAGCUAUGACGGAGCGGCCGUUAUGUCAGGAAGGGAAGGAGGCGUUCAAAGUUUUAUAAGAAAAGAAUUUCCGUAUGCAUUUUAUAUACAUUGUUAUGCACAUCAAUUUAAUUUAGUUUUGCAGAAAAGUGUUUGUGUUAAUAGAAAUGUGGCAAUCUUUUUUGCUAAUUUACAUGCAUUUUCAACAUUUUUUUCGGAAUCAGCAGAAAAGACUGGCAUACUAGACGGUAUAGUGAAAAAAAUGAUUCCUACAGCACCAGCAACAAAAUGGAAUUUUAACACACAUACUGUGAAAACAAUUUACGAGAAUAAAGAGCUUCUUCAAAUUGGUUUAGAAAGUAUAUUAGAGACCACCGGAAAUGACUUCAACACAAUAAACCACGCUGAGACAUUACUAGGUUAUUUAAAUAAUGAAAGUUUCAUUUAUUGGCUCACAUUUUUUGCUCAAGUAAUGCCCCACUAUGAAAUCCUCUUUAAACAAUUUCAAUAUCGAUCUUUGGAUGCUGUUAAAAUGAACGGAUUUUUAAACAGUUUUGAAGAAACCAUUUCAAAUAUUCGUAACGUAAAUCUUCCAACUUCACCACCUAAUCAGUUAAUAUCCUUUUCUGCACAAACAAAAGAGGUGUGCGAUAUACUGAUUAAUCAAGCCAAAGAUCGUUUUCAGUUUACAGAUCAUCUUUUGGCUUCAAAACUUUUUUUCUCUGAGCAAUUCAACGAGUAUAACAAACACUUUCCUACCGAUGAUUUUGAUACCGUUACGAGAACCUACAAUUUUUUUCAAAAGGAAAAACUUAAAAGGGGCAAUUCACAAGUUAUUGAUUAUGGAAACAUAGAUUAUGAUGUAAUUAAGGUAGAUGCGUCUGUUCCAAACAUGAAUGAUUAUCAUCACAUUGUUUCAUGUAACCAAGAAAUAUCUGAAAAGGCUGAAAAUGUUUUGCAAAAUGGACAAAUAUGUUUGACACUAGGAGGUGACCAUUCCAUAGCUAUAGGAACUGUAGAUGCACACGUAAAAGCAAAAAAAGAUAUUUGCGUUCUUUGGAUAGAUGCACAUGCAGAUUUAAACACAAAUAAAACUUCUGAUACCGGUAACAUACAUGGAAUGCCUAUGGCUAUUUUAGCAUCAGAACUGUCAGACUAUUGGCCCUAUUUGCCAGGCAUGGAUUGGCAAAAACCAAUAAUAUCAUUAAGAAACGUGGCUUAUAUCGGACUAAGGUCAGUGGAUCCAUACGAACGAAUGGUUAUCGAUAAACUUGGUAUCACAGCUUUCGGUAUGGCCGAUGUUGAGGAAUAUGGAAUUAAUUUAGUCGUAGAUAUGGCACUCAAAGCGAUUGAUCCUGAUAGAAGCCGGUCAAUACAUGUCAGUUUUGACAUUGAUGCUCUUGAUAGUUUAGAAGCGCCCAGCACCAUGACUUCAGUUCGAGGCGGUCUAACAUUGAGAGAAGGUGUCCAUAUUAUGGAAAAGAUACACGAUACAGGAAGGCUAGGAGCCAUGGACCUCGUAGAAGUCAACCCGAGUUUGGGUACCGAACAAGAGGUCAAAAAAACCGUCGACGCCGCCAUUCACGUUAUUCUAGCAGCGUUUGGUUACAAAAGACAAGGAAUGAGGAUCAAAAACGCCAGCUUGCCCCUACAAACAUACCCACCCACGAGACCAGAAAUCGUUUAA